AUGUCCGGUGGUAAAAUACAUGGUGGUAAAGGUAAAUCUAGUGGGGAAGGUGUAGCUCUAAGGGCUCAAUCAUCCUCUGCUAGGGCAGGUUUGCAAUUCCCGGUUGGUAGAAUUAAACGUUACUUAAAGAGAAGUGCUAGUGGAAAGGCACGUGUAGGUUCAAAAGCUGCUAUUUAUUUGACUGCCGUUUUAGAAUAUUUGACUGCUGAAGUGCUGGAAUUAGCUGGGAAUGCAGCUAAAGAUUUAAAAGUUAAAAGAAUUACACCAAGACAUUUGCAACUAGCUAUUAGAGGUGACGAUGAAUUAGAUACUUUAAUUAGAGCUACUAUUGCCUCUGGUGGUGUCUUACCACAUAUCAAUAAAGCUCUGCUAUUAAAAGUUGAAAAAAGAAAUUCUAAACAUAAAAAUUAA